CUCAAAGUUCAAGGUGACAGUAUGGCCGGCCUCGUCGGAUAUGCAAGCAGCGAUGAUGAGGAAGAAAUACAAGAGGUCGAACCUCCUAUAUCUCAGAAUAAGCAAAGAGUGAACACUACAGAUGACAAACAGCAAGAUCGAGAAGUAAAGGAGAAGACCAAUACAUUGGCGUCUGAGUAUAAGAGUCUGGAAGAUGUUCCCAUCGGACCAGUUCAACAAAAUGCUGCGCCCUUGGGACCUUUCCUGCCACCCAUGGAAGGAGCUGUUCUAGAUGAUCAAGAUCCAGCAUCUAGAUCUGCUUCACCAUACUCGAGCAAUCGUGCUCUUCUUCGUGACCUGACGUUACCAUCAGCACCUAACCUAAACAUUCCCCCAUCGCCCCCAGGAUCACCACCGCCCGGCACAAACAAGAAAUUUGAGAAAUUCCUUGAGCUCAAGAAGAAGGGAACACACUUCAAUGCCAAACUGGAGCAAUCAACUGCACUCAAAAAUCCCAGUUUGAUGGAUAAACUGAUGAGAUUUGUCGAAGUCGAUGAGCACAGUCAGUAUUCAACUACAUUAGCUACGGAUUUGUGGAAUCCUGCAGCGUUUCCAGAAUGGGCGUUCAAGGAGAAGCUACGGAAGAGCCACGACAAAGUGCUGAAGGAGAAAGAAGCAGAGAAGACCACUGGUACCAGGACGACUGUUGAAUUUGUCCCAUCGUCAACAUCGGCAGGCCAGGAUACAACAGCGAGAAGUGGACUCUUAAGAGGCGAGAAACGGAAAAGUAGUUGGAAUUAAGAAUGAAGGCGCCAGGUCACAACAUAUGAUCGCAGCGACAGCACUUUGCCGAGGAAAAUGACAAGCAGACAUCACACUCACGAGAUGGAGAGCCGGAAGUUUUUAUUCAGAGACCUGUUGGACACAGGGCGACUCGCAUCAAAGGUAUCAUUAUAACCGCCCGCGCCUUUGGUCAAACCACCACCUCCUCAUAGCUUUACAUUAAUCGACCCGACGGCGUACAUCAUCCAUCGCCACCAGAAUUGCAUAAUUCAUGACCUUUCUGUUGCUUCCAUGCACACAGGGCAUGCAGCCCAAAAUCCCAAU